GUGGCCCCGGGGAGAGGGGGCUGGGGUCUCCGUCUCUCGGACCCCGGGUCUAGACACGGAGAUCUGAUCCGAGCAGGGCCCCGGAAGUCCAGCUCGGAGGCAGGGCCCGGCCCAAGGACCCGGGGGCUGUGUGUCUGUUUCCCUCCGUCCCCAUGCGCUCCUCCUGCGGCCUCUCCCCAGCUGCCCGCCCGCCGCCAUGCCGCCCCGCUGGCCCCUGCACCUGUGCCCGCGCUGGCCCUGCAGCGCCCCCGCCCGGCUCUUCGCAGCGGCCGCCCGGCAGCGGCCUGGGCCCAGCAACUACUAUGAGCUACUGGGGGUGCAUCCUGGUGCCAGCAUGGAAGAAGUUAAACGGGCCUUCUUCUCCAAGUCCAAGGAGCCGCUUCGUGGAGCUGAGCGAGGCCUACCAGGUGCUCAGCCACGAGCAGAGCCGCCGCACCUACGACCAGCAGCUGCACUGGGCCCCGCAGGGACCACCACCCCCGCCACCAGGCGCCCAGGCCAGCCCUGGGGCUGCUGCGAGUCACAGUCAGACACACAGCAGCUCCUGGGAACCCCCCAACGCGAGGUACUGGGCCCAGUUCCACAGAGUGUGGCCACAGGAACCAGAGUUCAGGCGGCAGCAGCACAAACACAACCAGCGGGUGCUGGGCUACUGUGUGUUCAUCAUGCUGGCGGGCAUGGGCCUGCACUACGCGGCCUUCAGGAAGCUGGAGCAGAUGCACAGGAGCUUCAUGGAUGAGAAGGACCGGAUCAUCACCACCAUCUACAAGGAGACCCGGGCCCGUGCCAAGGACAAGCGAGCCCGGUUCCAGCAGGAUCAGGCGCGGAGCCAGCGGCUGCAGCCGGGCCCUGGGGUCGCGCCCCCCGGCACCAGCUCCUAGGGGUUCCCCUGGAUGGACCCCACUGCGGCCCGCCCAGCGCCUGCGGGGUGCCCCCCUGCCCCUUCUUCUAGCGUUUGCCCCCCGCAUCCCCUAAACGCGUGCAAUAAAGUGCUUCUCACCG